AUGGCGAGCCUGUACACGACUCUCGCGGACGGCCUGUCCUCCCUCGCGACGGCCUCCUGGGAGACACGCACGCCGCUGCUGAGCGCCGCGACUGGCCCGGGACCACUCGCGCCCCUCGACCCCGCCGAGCUGCGCGCCGAGGUGGAGAAAGUCUGGGCGGCGGCUGGGGGCGGCGAGUCGAGCUCUGGCGGGCGGCGGCUCGACGUCGUGCGCAGCACGCUGGACCUUGUUGGUCGGGACGUGGCUGAGCGGCCGGUCGUUGACGGCUUGCUGCCUGAACCGCUCGAAACCGACGACGACGACACCAAACGCGCAUUCCAGACCGCACUCCAGGACCGCCUCGACAUCGCGCUCACGCUCUACGAGGUCGCGUACGACGCACUCGCCUCGCCCGCGCUCGAGCCCGGCGCAGUCUUCAUCCCGCUCCUCGAGGACUUUGUCGAGCUGCUCUCUGUCGCGACGUGGCGCCAGCUGUUCGGAUACCUCGAGACGCGCUCAAAGCGGUUCUCGAAGAACAUGCCCUCGUCCAAGGGCAAGGCGCUGCCCCUCCUCCGCACCAUCAACGCCUUCUUACGCUUCCUGUCCCACACCCCCGAGGACCUGAUGCUCCGCGGCCGCGUGCAGCUGUUCGCUGCGGCGGUCAUCCCGAUCGCGGACAAGAGCGCGAUUAACAUGCGCGGAGAGUACAGCGCCAUCCAGACUACGUGGGAGGAGAGCGAUCCCCAGGGCGAUGUCGAGAUGGCUGAGGCGGGUGACGGUGGCGCCGCCGCAAACGACGACGAGAAACCCAAGGCCGAGCCCAACUUCUACUCCACACUCUGGUCCCUCCAGGGGUACUUUGCGUACCCGCCAUCACUUGACGGCCCAGCUGUGGGCGACCCAACACAAACCGCGUUCGAGCAGUUCCGCGCCAAGACCGAGUUUGUGCUCUCGCGGCUGUAUGAGCAAACAAAGAGAGAGCGUGUGUUACGAGGCAAGGACGACGGUUCGGCACCCGCGACGGUCGUGAAGAGCGGUACCAGCGCCGACGACUUCUACCCGCGCUACCUCACCGCCAAGAGUCUCCUCGAGUACGAGAUUGCCGACCAGUCGUUCCGCCGCCAGAUCCUCGUGCAGUACUUUAUCCUGUUCCAGUUCCUGCUCAACUUCAACCCCGCGAGCGCAAGCAAGCAGCAGUUUACGGGCGGCAUGCCCAAGACGUUUGUGAUUGACGGCGACAAUCUCGAGUGGACCAGGAACACAGCAUUCGGUAUCCGUGAUGAGCUCUCGCGCAUGUCCGCCGACGGGUACGAGUUCUUCAACACCAUGGCCAUUCUCAUGGAGCGGGAAAGACGUUAUGCCCUAUGGAAGAACGAAGGAUGCCCAGAGGCAGAGUGGGAGAUCAAGCCCGUCGACCCCCAGGAGGUCGAGGACGCCGCGAAGAAGUGGGAGGAGCACGUGGAGCCGAUGCGCAGGUGGCCUCAUCGCCUCGGCACACCGGCGCUCACUCGUGUCUGGGACCUGGGGUUCAAGAGCAUGGACAAUUUCCGGGAGACGGCGAGGAAGAAUCCCCGUCCUGACGUGUUUGAGCUUGAAGAAGAGCUCAGCAGGAUUGAGAUGGACGAGGAGGACGACAAGGCGAUGGGCAGGGAGCCGUCCGCGGCGGAAGCCGAGGUCAUUGCCGAGAAGAAGCAGACUGUCAAGUGGAUGGCCUUCCGCCAGGCUCGUAGGCUGUACCCUGCCGAGGUUGCCAAGCUCGGCAACGCCGUCGGUGCCGACCGCGACCUGCACCAGCUGGUCAAGCUGAUCCGCGAGCGCGAGGCGGCCGCGUCGGCAGCGCGCCAGGCGCCAGGCCACGAUUCGGUGCCACCUGAAGAGGCACAUGAAGAAGGCGACGGGGUCGACCCGGUUGCCGAGGAAGAAGUCGAGGGUGCGGACACACCAGCCGAGGGUGGUGAGGAGGCGGCCGAUGGCGAGGCCAAGGGCGAUGAGGAGGCUGAUCUCGAGGUCAAGGAGGAGGACGCCGAGGCUAAGGUCAAUGGCGAGAGUCACGAGGCAAGCCAGGCUGCAAGUCCUGAGAAGGAGCAAGAGCAGGGGAACGGACAUGCCGAGGGCGACGCCGAGGCGAUGGCCGUCGACCCGGCGCCGGAGGAGCAGCCUGCCGUCGAAGCCGUCGCUGUCACCCCGCCUGAGCCAACAGCCGCUCCCAUCAUCGACGCCGACAUGGCCGAGGCGGAGUAGGUAUCGCGGGGACCCGCCGUCAUCAUCAUGCAUUACUAUCGG